AUGGGCACAAAUGCAACGUUGAAGGAAUUGGAAAAGGAAGUAGAAUAUUGGAGGAAUCUUGCUCUUGGCAUAGAGCCUGAGCAGGAUCCCGUCAGCAAUGUAUCCACGACUAUUCGGACAUCUGUUGCUAGGCUUUCGGCGACAAAGGAUCUAGCUAAGACCGAUGGUAUACGGCUAAAUUUUUAUGAGUCGUUUCCUCAUCUCGUCACGAAGGGUAUUAUUAGAGAAGAUAUUGGUCCAUUCGCUGUCAACUAUAUGCUUUUUCCUGAUCCAUAUAUUUCAAUAUUCAUCAAAUUUGUUUUCCAAACUCCGUAUCGUAAGACGCUGAACACUUAUUUGGGGACUCCCGAUUCUUAUCAGGAAUUUAAUGUGUCAUCUAUACUCAAAAUUCUUAAAUUGAACCCAUCUGCAUUCGAGAAAUUGAACCCUUUGAAGAAGAAGAAAGUGAGUGCUUUCAUCGAACAAAUACUUGCUCAAAAUCAGCCAGCCUCAGAAAAUUCCAACAGCGAGUUGUUUUUAGCAACUUUGAACACGAUGACUGCUCCUAGAUUUAUUGAGGAUAAAUGUCUCUAUGGACAAUACUCUCCGAUACUACUGGCUUAUAUUGGAAGAAUACAGAAUGAUUUGCCUUCUUUACCCAAUAUUAGACUACUUUUGGAUAACUUCUACCACCACAUUUACCCGAUAUGGCCAUGUAUCGAUAUCGAUCUCUUUGAAGAAAAUCUUAACGAAGUGAUCCACAUGGAUUCACAUAAUCCAGAGCGGAUAAUAGUGAAUCCCGGUACCACUAAUAUCAAAAUGAAGUUAGUGAACAUCUCUAUUCUUUAUCUAAUACUUCAACUAUCCAUAUCACAUUGGAAACUACGGCUUUUCGAUCAAAGGGCUAUGGAACAGGAUGUUCAACAUAAAUACGAUGGCGACAGGGCUUGGAUCGAAGGGUUUGCAGAACUGGAGAAAAAAUUAACAUCUUCUGCCGCUGAAUUAGUGUCGAUAUUGAACAUCUAUCAGUCAAGAACUGAAGAAGUUAUUUCUUGGCACAUGCUGCUUUGGAACAUCCUUGCUCAUCAACCUGACCUAUGUAGUAUAUUCUACGAUUCAACAUCCGAAGGUGUUAUUGGCAUGAUGGGACCUUUGGUUUCUGAUCUGGGUCUUGAUAGGGAUCCAUCACAAUUUCUUGAACCGACUGGAAACAUGAGAAUUGAUCCUAGGUAUAAAAAUUAUAGAAGACGAUUAUGGUUAUGUUAUUGUCUAAUAUCAAGAUUUGAAAUUACAGUCAAGGGUAGAACACCUCAGAAAUCCACUGCAAAUGUACAGGCUAUUCCUGGAAUUAUGGACCAAAAAAAUGGCUGGGAAGAAUAUUCUUGUCUAUAUAAGAAGGACAUGCUUAAACAAAAUGAGGCAGAACUUGAACUCCUUGGCUUGUUUUACAGACACUUACAAUUUAUGACUUUAUUUUUACCAUACGACAAGCUUCUCAAAGAUAACCUUAAUAGUUUAACACUCACGGAAGUCGAACAGGUUUAUGAGGGAUUAGAGAGAUACCUAGAGAAAGAUGUCAACGGUACAUUUACCCAUUCACAAAAAUGGGCUCGUCAUUCGACGAUAGAUUACUCAUAUAAUCUCAAUGAUGUUGACAACGUCUUCAAUAUGGCUAAACAGCUCAUUGCAAGGAGUGUCAGAUUGACAAUUUGCGAUCUAUUGAUUCGAUUUUUCAACUCACGAAAAGUACACAACUCUUUUGAUAUGGAACAAAGUCUUCUUUAUUGCCAGAAAGCACUUGCUGACAAUUGUGAAGGAAUUGGUUAUCUCAUUAAAUAUUUUGCGCUAGUUUACAACGAGAAUAUCCGUACGACAGGUAAGUUCUUUACAAAUAGGAUUUCACAAAUACUUUUAUCCAGAUGUACGUUGCACACAACUCUAACGAUUUUACGAGUAGAUCACAUGUUAGGGCUCUCUAAGCGUCGUUCUAACCAGGAAUCAUUUCUAUAUGAGGAUCAAAGUGCAUUCUCAAGAUUAAGUGGGAUAAAUGAGCAGAGGCAGCAGUGUGUCAGAAUUCGGAUGCAACUAUUCUCAUUGUUGGAGAACCUAUGCUCAGCUUCCUCAGAAGAAUUAAGGUACAAUUAUAUAUCCGGUUUCAGGUACGCUUUACUUACAGACUGUGCUAUGCAUUUCCUCAAACAGAACGGGAAACGAUUCUUAAUGAGAGAUAUAUUAAUGUCAAACAUAGGAACAAAUGAAGAUUCUGCAGGGUUCAUGGAAACAAGUUUUCAUCUUUUAAGCUCGGAAGAGAAAGAAAAUAUUCUUCUUUCAGCAAAUGAAUUUGUACACUUUGACGAAGCUGGGUUUCGAUUACUUCUUGACACUGUUAACACCUUCUGCACAAACAGUGGCAGCCCUAAUAAUAGGAAUACGAUGCCCGAACAACUCUUCGGGUAUACAGCCACAUCAUCGAAUGUGCUCAUAAAUCAAUUUAGCGUUGAUCUAGCCGGGCUUUCAGCCAAUUUCGAUUUUGUGUUCGAUGGUGGCAAUCUACCGUAA